GUUGAGUUUCAUCAAAGUCUGUCUUCUCGCCGUCGCUGUGGCCGUCGUGUAGUUGCCGUCGUCGUUCGCUGUCGAUUGAUUUUUGGGCAAUAGAAAAUUGUAAGUGAAAAGUUUCCAACGCAAUCGCAAAUUCUUUGCACCAUCGAAUCGCACAAAUUUUCGGCUAAUUUUGCAAAAUUCCGUUGCAGUUAAAGUGUGGUUUCGCAGCUUCGCAUAAAAAGAAACACGAAAAAAAUAAAUCAUCAAGAUGUCCGAGUAUUGGCUUAUUUCAGCCCCUGGCGACAAAACAUGCCAACAAACGUUCGAYACCAUGAACAAUCUCACCAGCAAACAAAAUAAUCUAUGCAACAACUAUAAGUUUCAUAUACCCGACUUGAAGGUCGGUACACUCGAUCAAUUGGUCGGUCUCUCCGAUGAUUUGGGUAAACUGGACACUUAUGUGGAGCAAAUAACACGCAAAGUUGCCGCCUAUUUGGGUGAGGUGCUCGAGGAUCAACGCGAUAAGUUGCACGAAAAUCUACUCGCCAACAACACCGAUCUAUCCGUGUACAUUACCCGCUUUCAAUGGGAUAUGGCCAAGUACCCGAUUAAGCAGUCGUUGCGCAAUAUUGCCGAUAUUAUUUCGAAACAAAUUGGGCAAAUCGAUGCGGAUUUGAAGACUAAGUCAACGGCUUACAACAGUCUUAAGGGUAACUUGCAAAAUCUGGAGAAGAAGCAAACCGGAAGUUUGCUGACCCGUAAUUUGGCCGAUUUGGUCAAGAAGGAACACUUCAUUCUCGAUUCGGAGUAUUUGACCACAUUGUUGGUGAUUGUGCCAAAAAUUCUUGCUAACGAUUGGUUAGCCAACUACGAGAAGAUCACUGACAUGAUCGUGCCACGUUCCUCGCAAAUGAUCACACAAGACAAUGAUUAUUGCUUGUUCAAUGUGACACUCUUCAAGAAGGUCGUUGAAGAAUUCAAACUGCAUGCGCGUGAACGCAAAUUCAUUGUACGUGACUUCGUCUAUAAUGAGGAGGAAUUAGCAGCUGGCAAGAAUGAGAUGACCAAGCUCAUUACUGAUAAGAAGAAGCAAUUUGGCCCAUUGGUCAGAUGGUUGAAGGUAAACUUCAGCGAAGCUUUCUGUGCUUUGGUGCAUGUGAAAGCGCUGCGCGUCUUUGUAGAAUCCGUUUUGAGAUACGGUCUACCUGUCAAUUUCCAAGCCAUCCUCAUCGAACCCAACAAGAAGAGUGUGAAACGCCUACGUGAAUGCCUUAACCAACUUUAUGGACACUUGGAUGGUGCUUCUGCUGGCGGUCAGAGCAAUGCCAGCAUUGAUAAUGUUGACAUCCCUGGCUUGGGCUUUGGCCAAUCGGAAUACUUUCCCUAUGUGUUUUACAAACUGAACAUCGAUAUGGUGGAAACUGCAAAAAUCUAAAGUUCUGUUGAGUUGAACGCGCUCAACAAAUCCAAUUUAGCCUAAUCACAAWUGAAAUGAAGAGAAAUACCUUUACAACAACUAUGUUUACAAAACAAGCGAGAAGAAGCAACAAACUAUAAUUAUUAUCCUACAAGUGAAACAAACAAGCAAACGCUAAAAAAAGUUUAUAUAAAUCUUUAAAAUAGUAUAAAGUAAAUUACUUAACCAUCUGUAUGUAUGUUGUCAGUUCCACGUUCUUUGUUCGGUAAAUUACGCGGCACAAACGAACGGCGACAGCGCAGUGCAAAGUGUUGAGAGAGAGGAGCGGUAGUUAGACUAAGUGUACGCGCGCUCACGCCAUGCCAUGUUAAACAAAAGUAUAAAAGCAAUGCUUUACACAUACAUAUAUAUCUAUAUAUAUAUAUAUACAUAGGUGUAUAUAAAUGAUGUAUGUAUAAAUUUUCGCGUCUUCUACGAAAUUUUGUAGUUAUUUCUCUAUGUUGUUAAAAUUUUUUAUUAGUUUCAUUUGUAUAUACAUAUAUUUGUUUUAUCAUUGUUUGGAAAAAAAGUUAAUUUACACGCACACAUACAUACACACACRCACUAAAUUCUUGUAAAGUGUAUUUGCGGAGGAGCAUUGCUGUUAAAACCGAUUUUGCCAGCAAAWUUUUAAUGCCGAUUUUUGGCCGCAGUGGUUCAAAUGUAAUUAAUUAUAGCAUAUUAAUAGUAGGUUUCUUCGUUUCGUUAUUAUCUACUUCUUGUGUGGUUUAUUAAGCCGAUUUGACAGUAUUUUCUAUUUUCUUUUACAUCUGUCGUUGUGUUAUUAGUUAAAAAAGAACUCUUUCUGCAAUUUUCACCAUCAAUUCAACAACAAUGGGGUACAUUUUUGUUUUCAAACUAAAUUUUAUUAAAUAUUAUUGUUAAACUUAGGCUUUUAGCGCAAAUCAUGGUCAGCUACGUUACGUUUUGCUUUCAUCCAUAAUAAAUAAUAGUCAAAAAAUGUUUUUUCCAAGCGCAAAAUUACGUAAGGCCAUAAGGGUGAGUUAAGCCGUAASCUUUCAAGCAAUUAUACAGCCAUUGUACUUUUAUACAUACAUACACAUACAGAUAUACAAAGAAAAAUAUGCUUGCGUUGAUUUAACGGUUAAUUACAAAAGUGUUCUUGAUAUUUUGUUUUUGCMACAAUUUCAUAGCUUUGGUGUACAUACAGGCAGCAGCAAAUAAAUAAGAAUACAGAGUGAAACUCUAAAGUAAUUAAAAUAAAGUGGGAACAUCAUCAUUUAUUAUUAUUAUAAUUAUUAUUCRAGUUAUAGAGCGAAAUAAAUCAAUAGCAUACCAAAUUCAAGAACAAUGCUAAUAACUAGCAUAAAGUGUAUAUUUCCUAUAUGUAUGUUUAUUGUUGUUGUUGAAGCUAGCAUACAUAUAUACUGCGUGUUUUUUAUGCAUAAUCAUACUGUACAACUGGCCCAUAUUGCUUGUGUUAAACUUAAACAUUUUUUAAUAAAGCCAWGAUAUAUUAGAAAUAAUGCGCAUAAAAGGACAUUAAGGCCAGGGAAGCUUUGGCGCGGUUGUGAAAUUAUGCUAUAAUUUUGUUUCUUAAAGCAAAAGCACUUGGAUAUUGUAGUUUACUUUUUAAUUCUAUCAUUAAUACAACAACAAAUGCAAGAGCUUCCCUAACACAAAGCAAAGCAAAACAAAAAGUCCGCUUUGCGUCCUUUUCAACCCCGACGGCAUGUUGCGAAAGAGAACGUACAAUAAUAUUUGUAAACUCUAAACUUAAAAGUAAAUAAUUAUAUAUAUGUAUACAUAUAUAUUAUCGUUAUAAAAAAUGAAUAUUUAAAAUUUUAUUGCAUAUUAAACGAAAAAAGCUACACAUCCAAUUUGCAUAAGCUUACAGAAUURUACACUUCCACACACAGACACACAUGCAUAUAUAUAUACACUCACACGUACAACUACCUUGAAGCUACACAAGCAAUAGAACUUAUUUUGCAACAGUAAAGUGAGAAAACAAAACCAAACCAAACUCUAUGUAAAUGUACAUUACGAGUAUUUAAGCAGUCAGUAUGAAAACAUAAAUAAGUUUGAUGAAGCGUAAAAGAGUAACGAGCUAAUAACGCCAUCCUUGUAAAUAAUUAUACGAAAAAAAGACAUUCCAA